ACCAAACCAGGCUCCCCUUCUUCUCUUCCCUUCGCAUGUUUUUUGUGUGUUGGGUCGGUUGGACAAAAACCCAGAGAGAGGAGAGGAGAGGAGCCAGAUCUACCCAGAUGUUACUGAAACACAGCCAUAUGGUGGACGCGUUGUUUAGGAAGGAAACUUGAGCCAGAAAGACAUUUUUAUCUAGGUCUUUAUCUCGACAUCUUUAUCAAGGUGUAUAUCAGACAAAAUAUAUUUGUGUUUACUUGAGAAACGGCAGACAGAAAGACGAGCUUAAAACACUACGCGACUGCCAUUCUGAGCCAUAGUCCCCAUCGAUAGGAAUCAAGACAUAUUGCAGGAAGAAAAGAUACUGUUCAAAGCACAGAACCACUAUUUCAUUGCAGUUUGAUGGGAAGAAGGGAAAGAUUGAACUUGAAAGAGACAUCCUAAGCUCUUUGUGUGGGGGUACUUAUUGUCUCUGCUUGGUACAUUACACAUUAACACAUUUAUAGUAAAGGAAUUUGUACUUCUGUCACUUUAUAAAUCAACUACUUUUCAAACGGAAUCAGAAAGGUUAUUGACACUCGUAGGAACAGAAAGAGACCUGUUGCAGAUUUUCUUUCACAUGCCUGGUGGCAGCCAACCACUUUGCUUCAAUGGAGAAUCACAGCUGCAAAAGAACUAAUUGUAGAGGCCGCCGUUACCUCGGCAUCACCUGGGAGAUAGCCUAGCUUAGCCUUGCUCAGGUCAGCACAGCCCCGCUAGCCAGCCCGUGACCCCAUCCCCCGGCGUCCCACACAACAGCCCUCCACCUCCCUGUCUCCUUUUUCCAAGAGAGCUGCCAUGGCAUCAGUGCGCUUCACGGUGACGCCCACCAAGGCGGAGGACCUCCCGGGGCUGUCGGACACGUCGCCUGACAUCAGCUCCCGCUCCGGUGCUCAUGUGCGCUUUGGCUCUGGGGAAAGCGUCAAUCGGAGUGACCCGCUCAGCGAGACAGGAGGGGCCGAGACACCGGACCACAGCAAUGUGGAGCAAGGUGAUGGAAACUCCAAAAUGUCCAGCGUGUACAUCAACAACACUCACGGGGUGGAUGACGAUGACUUCUACGACAGGAACUUGGCCUUAUUUGAGGAGGAGAUGGACACUCGGCCGAAGGUGUCUUCUCUGCUCAAUCGCCUGGCCAACUACACCAACCUGACGCAGGGGGCCAAGGAACACGAGGAGGCCGAGAGCAUCGGCGAGAAAAAGAAAGCCAGCAAGUCGCCACAGAUGGGGACGUUUAUGGGAGUUUACCUGCCUUGCCUUCAGAACAUCUUCGGCGUCAUCCUGUUCCUGCGGUUGACCUGGGUGGUGGGAAGCGCUGGCGUGCUGCAGGGCCUCUCCAUUGUCUUCGUAUGCUGUUGCUGUACGCUGUUGACUGCGAUAUCGAUGAGUGCGAUCGCCACUAACGGAGUUGUACCAGCGGGAGGCGCCUACUUCAUGAUCAGUCGCUCUCUGGGUCCAGAGUUUGGUGGAGCGGUGGGCCUGUGUUUCUACUUGGGCACCACCUUCGCUGGAGCCAUGUACAUCCUGGGAGCCAUCGAGAUCCUCCUGAUGUACAUAGCGCCGAAGGCAGCCAUAUUUGAGUCAAAGCACCCCGAAGGCGAAGGUGCGGCCAUGUUGAACAACAUGCGGGUCUACGGCUCCAUCUGUCUCCUCCUGAUGUCCCUGCUCGUCUUUGUGGGCGUGAAAUACGUCAACAAACUGGCCUCCAUCUUCUUGGCUUGCGUCAUCGUCUCCAUCGUUUCCAUUUAUAUCGGAGCGCUGGUCUCCGCCUUCAAACCGCCGCAUUUCCCCGUGUGCAUGCUGGGAAACAGAACCAUCAACGGCCAUGAAAUUGAUGACAACCAAUGUGCGAAAACCAUCGUGCCGCCGAUCAAAGAGCCGGUGGAGGGAGGCGACAACAACUUCACAGUUAUUAAUGAAACCAACACUCUGGGCCCAACCUUUGACCCCAGCUAUGUUCCCCCUCUGAUGGAGACCACAUAUCUUUGGACGCAGUUUUGCCAGGGUGCAGAAAUCAACGCCUCCUGCGACGAUUACUUCCUUUCCAACAACUUUUCCGAGAUUGAGGGAAUCCCCGGUCUGGCCAGUGGAAUCAUUUCAGAGAACCUGUGGAGCUCCUACAUCGGCAAAGGUGACGUGGUGGAGAAAGGCUCCCUCAGCUCCUCUCAUGAGGCACAUCAGGCCUUCACGCAGCAGCCUUAUGUGUUCGCUGACAUCACCACCUCCUUCACACUGCUGGUGGGCAUCUUCUUCCCCUCCGUCACAGGAAUCAUGGCUGGUUCCAACCGGUCGGGGGAUCUGAAAGACGCCCAGCGCUCCAUCCCCAUCGGAACCAUUCUCGCCAUCGUCACCACCUCCAUCGUCUACCUGAGCAGCGUCGUCUUGUUCGGAGCCUGCAUCGAAGGGGUCGUCCUCAGAGACAAGUUUGGAGACUCAGUUAAAGGGAACCUGGUGGUGGGGACUCUGGCGUGGCCGUCUCCCUGGGUCAUUGUGAUUGGCUCUUUCUUCUCAACAUGUGGCGCAGGUCUCCAGUCGCUGACUGGCGCUCCCCGACUCCUACAGGCCAUCGCCAAGGACAACAUCAUCCCCUUCCUCCGGGUGUUUGGCCAUGGGAAGGCUAAUGGGGAGCCCACCUGGGCCCUGCUGCUGACAGCCCUGAUAGCUGAGCUGGGGAUCCUCAUCGCCUCUCUGGACCUGGUGGCUCCCAUCCUUACAAUGUUCUUCCUGAUGUGUUAUCUGUUUGUGAACCUGGCCUGUGGCCUCCAGACCCUCCUGAGGACGCCCAACUGGAGGCCGCGCUUUUCCUAUUACCACUGGACUUUGUCGUUUUUGGGGAUGAUCAUCUGCCUGGCGCUCAUGUUCAUAUCCUCCUGGUACUACGCAAUCGUUGCCAUGGUGAUCGCCGGCAUGAUCUACAAAUACAUAGAGUAUCACGGAGCGGAGAAAGAGUGGGGGGAUGGGAUCCGCGGUCUCUCGCUCAGCGCUGCCCGAUAUGCCCUCCUGAGGUUGGAAGAGGGACCGCCGCACACCAAGAACUGGAGGCCCCAGGUGUUGGUCUUACUAAAACUGGACGAGGACGCCCACGUCAAGUCUCCUCGCCUGCUGACGUUCGCCAGCCAGCUGAAGGCGGGAAAGGGCCUGACCAUCGUUGGCACCGUCGUCUCCGGCAACUUCCUACAGAGCUACGGAGAGGCCCUCGCCGCCGAACAGACUCUGAAGCACCUGAUGGAUAAGGAGCGCGUGAAGGGCUUCUGUCAGUGCAUCGUGGCCCAGAAGCCGCGCGAAGGCAUCAGCCACAUGAUCCAGUCCAGCGGCCUGGGAGGGAUGAAGCCCAACACCGUGGUGAUGGGCUGGCCUCACGCCUGGAGGCAAAGCGAGGACCCGCAGGCCUGGAAGACCUUCAUCAACACAGUGCGGGUGACCACAGCAGCCCACUUGGCCCUGCUGGUGCCCAAAAACAUCUCUCUGUUCCCCAGCAACAGCGAGCCCUGCACAGAGGGCUACAUCGACGUGUGGUGGAUCGUCCACGACGGCGGGAUGCUAAUGCUGCUGCCCUUCCUGCUGCGCCAACACAAGGUGUGGCGUAAGUGUGCGAUGCGAAUCUUCACGGUGGCCCAGAUGGAGGAUAACUCCAUCCAGAUGAAGAAGGAUCUGGCAACCUUCCUCUAUCACCUACGCAUUGAGGCGGACGUGGAAGUGGUCGAGAUGCAUGACAGCGACAUCAGCGCAUACACCUACGAAAGGACCCUGAUGAUGGAGCAGAGGUCUCAGAUGCUGCGACAGAUGCGACUGUCUAAAUCAGACCGGGAACGAGAGGGAAACCCUGGUAGCAGCAGCAGUAGGCCAGAGGCAGGUGGAGCUACAAGGUCUCAGGUGCUUCUUUCCACCAGGUACAAGAGUACUGGAGUCAACACCUCAAACGCCUCCAAAGGACACAGAGACAGACAGGCCCAGCUGGUGAAAGACCGUAACUCCAUGCUGCGGCUGACGAGCAUCGGUUCGGACGACGACGACGACACCGACGGCGGGGAGCGAGACAGGGCGACGAACGCCGGUGCCGGUGGCGGCGGAGGCGGAGGCGGCGGCGGCGGCAGCACCGAGCAUCACCGGCGAGUUCAGAUGACCUGGACCAAAGAGAAGUCGUCGCACUACAGAGCCACGCACUCUGGCUGCUCCACGCCGGACGGCUUCAGAGACAUGCUCAGCAUGAGGCCGGACCACUCCAACGUCAGGCGCAUGCACACCGCCGUCAAGCUCAACGAGGUCAUUGUCAACAAAUCCCAUGAUGCCCGGCUUGUCCUGCUCAACAUGCCAGGACCACCCAGGAACACGGAUGGAGACGAGAACUACAUGGAGUUCCUCGAGGUCCUAACAGAAGGAUUGGAGCGCGUCCUGUUGGUCAGAGGUGGAGGAAGUGAAGUCAUCACCAUCUACUCCUGAUUGGACAAAACAGAGGAAGCCAGCGUUAAAGACGCAGCCAAACCGAUCGCACAGAAGAAGUGAGCGAAGGGAGACAGACGGUGGAGGCCUGUGAGCUCUGGGGGGGGGGGCGUGGGCCCAAAAGGAGAGACUGUCAUUGGCUGCAGCGUCAGUCGUCACGCCCAACAAACCCCCCUUCCCCCCCCCUUCAGACCUUUUCUUUUCAUCUUUACACUUUUCUGUCAUGACAAGGGUUUCCAUUCCACUUAUGUCAAGCCACAGAAAUGCCAACACAAUUCCACGAACGAGCAAAAAAAUAAGAGUGAUCAGCUGAGUGUGUGUGUGUGUGUGUGUGUGUGUGUGUGUGUGUGUGUGUGUGUGUGUGUGUGGAAGUCAUCCACCUGAUGGAGGUUUGGUUUGUCGGAGUAGGGGAUCAGCGUUGUGUUUGGGGCGGUGGACCAGUGAAUGAGAGGAAAUCUAAAAUGGAGAGAGGAUGUGAAGCGUCCCAGAAACGGAGCAGUCGUUCCACUGACGAGACUCAGGGUUGCUUUUUGUACAGAAUGUGAGCGCUCUGACGGAGGCUGAAUGUCUGGAUCGAGUGUUUUUUGUUGUUUUUUUUUCUCCUUGAAGACACCGUGAAGUUUAUUACAAUACUACUUAAAAACUGGAAAAGUAACACUGCAUCAAAGGAAGUGAGGAGCCUGUAGUUUUAAACCUGCUUUCUGGUUCAUUUAUGGAAAAUCAGUGUUCUUUUGUAUUGUCUCAUUACUCGUCAUUUAAUUGCAUAACAAUAGUGCAAAAACCUCAGAAAUAGUUUUAUCCAAAGUGAAGUUCAAAGUGGGAGACUGAAUUAAGUUGUAAUUCUUGUGUGUUGGUCUGAACUUGCUGCUUUUUCUCAGAAUCUAUUCUCCUGUAUGGAGGCCCAUUUUCACCAGGAAAAGCCAAAAAGAUAAAUUUAAUAGUGGUCAUGAAAAAAGUAAAAACGCUCUUAAUCUCUUAAUUUUGAUUCAUCAUAUUUAUGAAAUAAAAAGUCAAAAAAUGUUGACUAAGUCAAAUUUAUAAAAUAAUCAAAUAAAAUGUUUAGAUUAAAAAAAUCUAAAUUUUGAUAAAUAGAAAUUGAAAAAUCAAAAGUCAAAAUGAUGAUUUACUAAGGCAAAAUAAUUACAUAAAGAAAUCUAUUUUGACAUACUAAGUCAUAAUUGAGGUCAUUCAAAUGUUUUGAAUCACUCAAGUCAAAAUUUUAACUUAAUACGGCAAAUAUAUGAGAUAAAUGUCAAGUUUUGAGAUAAAAAUUUAA